CAUGUCUUCAAGUCAACAAAAAGAUUGGACAUUUCAGCAGCUUGAUUUGGGGUUUCUGGGUUCCUUGAUUAAAUGCUUCAACUCUUUCUAACUUCUGUCAACAUUCUGGCUUGGCUCGAGAUUUUUUAUGUCUGUUGUCUUGUUUAUAGAAUCUUGAUAAUGAGUCAUCUAUUCAUUCUGAAGUUUGCUUGAAAAUUCACAUGGUAAUUUCUCUUAUGAAGGGCUUGCAAUAUUUUGCUGCAUGCCAACUACGUUAUCAAGUGGAGUGGCUCUUACUCGGCUAGCUGGGGCCAAUUCUGCUCUUGCUCUCGCAAUGACUGUCAUCUCUAAUCUGUUGGGAAUUUUGAUUGUCCCAUUUUCUGUAUCAAAAUUCAUAGCUGAUGGAGCUGGUUUAUCUGUUCCAACUAAGCAGCUAUUCAAAAGUCUUUUUCUCACAUUAUUGAUCCCCCUAAUCUUAGGGAAGGCCACCAGUGGGUAUUGGACCAAGGAAAGUUGGGUCAUGUGAUAGAAGAUUCGGAUACCAUCAUAUUUUGAGUGGGUACUUUUGAGUAAUGACUAAUAAAUAUUCAAAAAUACACUGCA